AUCGCACAACACUUUCACCCCAACACAACAACAACAUGGAGGAGGCGCAUCGAGCCGAAUUACCCGACCUGAGCGAACUGCUCCGCCUGGACCCGUAUCUGAGCCCGCACGCGCAGGACUUGAGGAGGAGGUACAAGCUGUUUGAGCAGAGGCUGGCACAGAUAGAGGAGGCCGAGGGCAGCAUGGACGACUUCACCAGGGGCUACCAGCACUACGGUGUGCAGACACAGCCCAACAACGGCCUGCUGUUCAGAGAAUGGGCCCCUGGAGCAAAGGCCCUGUAUCUGGCUGGAGACUUCAAUGACUGGAACACCAAAUCUCACCCGUACACGAAGAAGGAAUAUGGCAAAUGGGAGCUGUACCUUCCUCCUAAACAAGACAAGUCCCCCGCCGUGGCGCAUGAAACCAAGCUGAAGCUUGUGGUAGUGACAGCAGAGGGAGCGGAGCUGUACAGAAUCUCUCCCUGGGCCAGAUACGUUCACAAGAGGUUGGACUCCAACACCUACGACUGGGUCCACUGGGAGCCUCUGCAGCCAUUCAUGCACCAGCACACUCAUCCAAAGACUCCUUCCUCCCUGAAAAUCUAUGAGGCCCAUGUGGGCAUCGCCUCCCCCGAGGCCAAGAUCGCCACCUACGAGAACUUCACCCUCAAUGUUUUACCACGCAUCAAGGACCUGGGAUACAACUGUAUCCAGCUGAUGGCCAUCAUGGAGCAUGCCUACUACGCCAGCUUUGGCUACCAGGUCACCAACUUCUACGCUGCUUCCAGUCGUUUUGGUACCCCUGAAGAUCUGAAGAGGCUGAUAGACAGAGCUCACUCCUUCGGGAUCGCCGUGCUGCUGGACGUGGUCCACAGUCACGCCUCCAGCAACACUGCUGAUGGCCUGAACCAAUUAGAUGGCACAGACGGCUGUUUCUUUCAUCCUGGAAAGAGAGGACUGCAUGCUCAGUGGGGCUCCCGUCUCUUCAGCUACAACAGCUGGGAAGUGUCGCGCUUCCUGCUGUCGAACCUGCGCUGGUGGAUGGAGGAGUAUCGCUUUGACGGCUUCCGGUUCGAUGGGGUCACCUCCAUGCUGUACCACCAUCACGGCAUCGCCAUGUCGUUUUCAGGCAGUUACGGCGAGUACUUUGGGAUGCACGUGGACGAGGAGGCCAUUGUUCACCUGAUGAUAUCAAACCACAUGCUUCACAGUCUGUACCCCAAUUGUAUUACCAUCGCCGAGAUUCUGAAGGAGUGGAAAGAUGAAGAAUGGGACAUGGGGAACAUCGUGUACACCCUGACCAACAGGAGACAAGGAGAGGCCAUCAUCUGCUACGCAGAAAGCCAUGACCAGGCCUUGGUGGGGGACAAGUCUCUGGCCUUCUGGCUGAUGGAUAAGGAGAUGUACACCAACAUGAGCGUUAUGAUCCCAAAGACGGCUGUCAUCGACCGGGGACUUCAGCUCCACAAGAUGAUUCGACUCAUCACACAUACUCUAGGAGGGAAUGGUUACCUCAACUUCAUGGGUAAUGAAUUUGGUCACCCUGAGUGGCUGGACUUCCCUCGCAAAGGCAACAAUGAGAGCUACAGGUAUGCCAGACGACAGUAUGAUCUAGUGGACAUGGAAAACCUCAGAUACAAACAGCUCUACAAUUUUGAUCGGGACAUGAAUUGCACUGAGGACAAAUAUGGCUGGCUCUCAUCGAAGAUGGCCGUGGUGACAGACGCUAACGAGGAGGACAAAGUGAUAGUGUUCAGCCGGGCCGGCCUGGUGUUUGUCUUCAACUUCCACCCGAAUAACAGCUACACAAACUACUGUGUGGCAGCCCCCGCACCCGGGAAAUAUAAAAUCAAGUUGGAUUCCGACGCUGAGCAGUAUGGUGGCGAGGGCCGACUGGACGCUGACGCUGAGUUUUUCACAGAGCCGCCAUCCCUCAAGGAGAAAACGCACACCAUGAAGGUCUACGUUCCCUGCCGGACGGCGCUGGUCUUGGCCAACGAGGAUUACGCCAACUAAUGAAGAAGUAGUGCUGCUGCUUGAAGAGGCCCUUCCCAACCCGGCGACCCGAUUUUUUUAACAGGGCGGAGGAUCUGCAACCCAAGCUCCCAAAUCCUCUGCACUAUUUGUGAACGUGUGACAACACACAACCUGUGUAUUCAGAGACAAACAGGCGGGAAGGUUUCAAAAAGCUCCUUCUCCACCUCUGCUGUGUGUAGAAGUGCUACACUGAAGAUGAGGACGGUAGACGUUAGACCUAGUCUACUACUGUCAUUAAAAAGGAGAUAGUUAUCGCCCAUUAUCAUUUUCCUGGCAAGGUGUCAUCCCCAAUACUAAUUAAUCACAACAUAUCACACAAACGUCACUCGCCGUGACACUUUAAUUUCGGUAAGAGUUAUUAUCACCGCCGCCGCAUAGACUUGGCCGUGUCAAGUAAUGGCCCUGCAAUUAGCAGCCCACAUCUCUGUCAUUAAUUAAAGUAACUGGGGUGUUAUUAAAGUACGGAAUACAUUUUAUCUGUUUCUGUCGGGAGAGAGUAUAUUAGUUUCACAAGUCGUUCAUGGUUCGGUGAGUAAUUCACGCUCACCUACACUCGGCGGCCUGCUGAUGCCACAUCAGCAGGCGUGUGUUUGGACGCUUCGUCUUCUGGAUGUCCUCCAUAGAGCUCAGAUCACAUAGGCCGCUGACCUGGGUGUGAGGAAGUAGGAGCACCGGGGCAAACGAUGGAGGACUGAAAUGAAAGGAGACAUUUUUUUGGGGGGGGGGGGGCAAGAUUGUGAGAGAAAGAUUCGAAAUGAGGAGCAAAAUAUGAAAAGCUGUAGCCGUUUAUACAGGGCCAUAAUGUGCAGAGGAGAGGUUCUCUAAUAGACCAUGAACAUUGUUUGCUUGCCUCAAUUUGUUUGUCAUCGUGGACUGAGAGGUUGGCCUCUCUCUCUCUCUCUCUCUCUCUCUCUCUCUCUCUCUCUCUCUCUCUCUCUCUCUCUCUCUCACUCUCUCUCUCUGCAUAAAGCUGACAAAGGAAACCCAACAUAAAGGGUGUUAGUAAGGUGUUGGGCCACCACGAGCCUCCAGAACAUCUUCAAUGGUCCUUGUCUCUGAGCUCUACUAGAGGGAUGGACCACCAUUCUUCCAGAAGAUAUUCCCUCACUUCCUGUUUUGAUGAUGGUGGUGGAGAGCGCUGUCUAACACGUCGGUUCAAAAUCUCCCAUAGGUGUUCAGUUGAGACGAGAUCUGGUGACUGUGAAGGCCAUGGCAUGUGACUUACAUCAUUUUCAUCCUCAUCAAACCAUCCAGUGACCCCUCGUGUCCUGUAGAUGGGGGCAUUGUCAUCCUGGAAGAGACCACUCCCAUCAGGACAGAAAUGUCUCAUCAUAGGAUGAAGCUGAUCACUCAGAAUAACUUUGUAUUGACUUGCAGUGACCCUUCCCUCUAAGGGGACAAGUGGACCCAAACCAUGCCAGGAAAAUGCCCCCCACAGCAUAACAGAGACCCCAGACCCCCUCACUGUAAGGGUCAAGCAUUCAGAUUUUCCCCUUUAUUUUGUGUCCUUAAAGGAAUAUCCAGUUCUUUUGUUUUCCAGGCAGGGUGUGAAUUGGGCAGCAGUGUCGGUGGGCGGUUUGAUUUUCUUUGCUGUAUAACUGGACUUGACCAAGGACGUCUCAGUCUCUUUCGAGUGUUUCACUCUCUACCAAGUCGUGCAGUGCAUUAGUGUGUGUGGUGGACUGCUAGCGUGCUCCAGUGCUACUGGGACACACCGGAUGUUCAGUGACAACGCACUUACAUAUUGUGCAGCAGUGCUCAGCAAUUACACCAGAACAUUGUGAAAUUUGUAAUACUAUGAGACGUUAUUUGCUCCUCAACCAUUUUAUAAACCAAUUAAGCAACAAAAAAAAGUUUGUGGCUCUGAACAGCCAAGUUACAACUGUAUUAAGCUUUUUUCAAAAGGGUUUUGUCACCACCACCCCCCCAUACUGUAUGAGUUGCAAAUGGGAACAAUCAAAAAUUUGUGGGAAAAUUGAGUCCAAUGUGGGGGGGAUGUCCGCUAUUCCGUUACCUACCAACACAGGGAUCACCGGUUCGAAUCCCCGUCGUGUUACCUCCGGCUUGGUCGGGCGUCCCUGCAGACACAAUUGGCCGUGUCUGCGGGACAGGUGGGAAGCCUGGUGUGGGUAUGUGUCCUGGUCGCUGCACUAGCGCCUCCUCUGAUCAGUUGGGGGCGCCUGUUCGGGGGGGAAUAGCGUGAUCCUCCCACGCGCUACCUCCCCCUGGUGAAACUCCUCACUGUCAGGUGAAAAGAAGCGGCUGGCGACUCCACAUGUAUGGGAGGAGGCAUGUGGUAGUCUGCAGGCCUCCCCGGAUCGGUAGAGGGGGUGGAGCAGCGACCGGGACGGCUCAGAAGAGUGGGGGGGGGGGGUAAUUGACCUUUCGCAAAGUACCGAGCCAGAACGGUGCUGGUCCAAUCCUACCUUAGCAACGGUCCGUCAAGCUGGCAAACACACAGCAAAAUGCUGAAACGGUCGUGGGCCCAUGGGAUCUGCAGACCGGACACUAGAUAUGUGAAAGGUUUG